AUGACCGGCUCCAGCUCCACCACUCCCAUCCCCGAGUUCAACUACGCCCCCAAGAUCAGCGACCUGCACCCUGACCACCCCUUCCGGAACCCCAAGACUCUCGCCAAGAUGCAGAAACUCUUCCCCAACUACAAGCCGAUGACAGACAAGGAGUAUCUCGCCAAGCCGUGGUUGCACCCCAUCAACGCUAUGGGCUUUGGGUUGCGGGAGAUUAUGCCCCACUACGGGUGGGAUGUGAAGGACUUCCCGGGUGGAUGGGAGAGUAUGUGGAAGGUCGAGUGGCCGAGUCACGCCUAUGUGCGCUGCGGCGUGGAAUGCCGCGGUAGGCUCGCCAUCAUCCAGAUCGAGAAAAUGGAUAUGAAGAAGGACGGUUCGGUCGGCUCGGUAACCCUCGGCGACUGCUUCGAGUGCGAGCUCGAGAACAAGGGCAUCAAGGUGUUCACCUGCGGUCACGUCAAGACGGCUUGA